CUCUCUCUCUCUCUCUCUCUCUCUAUCCUUGAUACAGGUUGUAAUUAACGAUGGAAGACUCGAUCGCACGGGCAUUAAAUAAUAAUUUAUCAGCUUGGUCGAUCGUAGUUUUAUCACAGCGUUGAAUCGAUCGGCAUUAUUUUCACACAUUCACAAUAUUUUCAACGAGUCGUUUCAUUUACAGAUGCAUGUGCACGAGCGGAUACACUGGCCAAAAUUGCGAGAACGAGUAUAUUCCCUGCAACCCAUCGCCGUGUAAAAAUGGCGGCACGUGUCACCAGACCGACGAUUUGGAUUACGAGUGCAUCUGUCCCGAGGGUUUCCGCGGAGAUCAUUGCGAGGAGAACAUCGACGACUGUCCAGGGAAUCUAUGCCAGAACGGGGCGACCUGUAUAGACAGGAUAAACGAAUACUCGUGUCUUUGUCCACCGUCGUACACGGGGACGCAGUGCGAGCUGGACGUGGACGAGUGCUCGGUUCGUCCAUCGUUGUGCCACAACGGUGCCACGUGCACCAAUUCACCCGGUAGUUACUCGUGCAUAUGCGUGAAUGGAUGGACAGGGCCCGACUGCAGCGUCAACAUCGACGAUUGCGCAGGUGCCGCCUGCUUCAAUGGCGCUACCUGCAUCGACCGUGUUGGCAGCUUUUAUUGUCAAUGCACCUACGGGAAAACCGGUUUAUUGUGCCAUCUCGACGACGCUUGCACCUCGAAUCCCUGCCACGAGGGCGCGAUCUGCGACACAAGCCCGGUCAAUGGAUCGUUCGCUUGCUCCUGCGCCACCGGUUACAAGGGGGUCGACUGCUCGGAGGACAUCGACGAGUGCGAGCAGGGAUCUCCUUGCGAGCACGACGGUAUUUGCGUGAACACGCCCGGCUCGUUCGCUUGCAACUGUACGCAAGGAUUCACGGGGCCGAGAUGCGAAACGAACGUGAACGAGUGCGAAUCCCAUCCCUGUCAGAACGAUGGCUCCUGUCUCGACGACCCUGGAACCUUCCGCUGCGUCUGCAUGCCUGGUUUCACAGGCACCCAGUGCGAGAUCGACAUUGAUGAGUGCGCGGAAAGACCGUGUCUAAAUGGAGGCGUUUGCACCGAUUUGAUCAACUCCUUCAAAUGCACCUGUGCGAACGGUUUCGCUGGUUCUCACUGUCAGAUCAAUAUAGACGACUGCGCCUCCUCGCCAUGCAAGAACGGCGGUAUCUGCCAGGACUCGAUAGCCAAGUACACGUGCGACUGUCCACCAGGAUUCACCGGAGCCUCCUGCGAGACGAACAUCAACGACUGCCAAUCGAAUCCCUGCCACAGUGGCACCUGCAUCGAUGGAGAGAACAGCUUCAGCUGCAAUUGCUUUCCAGGAUUCACCGGGAAGCUGUGCCAGACGCAGAUCGACGAGUGCGAGAGCAACCCUUGCCAGUUUGGAGGAAGGUGCGAAGACCGUAUUAACGGGUACCAAUGUAUUUGUAGACCUGGAACGUCUGGGACGAACUGCGAGGUGAACGUGAACGAAUGUUAUAGCAAUCCAUGUAGAAAUGGAGCAAGGUGCAUCGAUGGUAUCAAUAGAUAUUCGUGCGAGUGCGAGCCAGGUUUUACCGGGCAACACUGCGAAACGGACAUCAACGAAUGCGCCAGCAAUCCUUGCGCUAAUGGCGGCCGUUGCAUAGAUUUGAUAAAUGGAUUCCGGUGCGAAUGUCCUCGUGGUUAUUACGAUGCUAGAUGCUUGAGCGACGUGGACGAGUGUGCGAGCAAUCCUUGCGUGAACGGUGGCACCUGCGAGGAUGGCGUGAACCAAUUUAUCUGCCACUGUUUGCCCGGUUACGGUGGGAAGAGAUGCGAGGCAGAUAUCGACGAGUGCGGCUCGAAUCCUUGUCAACAUGGCGGCACUUGCAACGAUCAUUUGAAUGGAUACAGCUGCAAGUGUCUCGCUGGGUACGCUGGUACCAAUUGCGAGACAAACAUCGACGAUUGCGCGAACAAUCCUUGCCAGAAUGGCGGUUCCUGCAUCGACCUGGUCAAUGAUUACAAAUGUGUCUGCGAACUUCCUCAUACGGGAAGGAAUUGCGAGGAUAAGCUAGAUCCUUGUUCGCCUAACAAAUGUCUUCAUGGCGCCAAGUGUUCACCAUCCUCGAACUUUCUCGAUUUCGCCUGCACUUGUACGGUCGGUUACACUGGCAGACUCUGCGAUGAGGACGUCGACGAGUGUGUAAUGACGUCUCCGUGCAGAAACGGUGCUACUUGCAGAAACACCAAUGGCUCCUAUCAAUGCCUUUGCGCAAAAGGAUACGAAGGUCGGGAUUGUAUCAUUAACACCGACGAUUGCGCUUCUUUUCCAUGUCAAAAUGGUGGCACUUGCUUGGACGGUAUUGGCGACUACACUUGCCUCUGUGUGGACGGUUUCAGCGGGAAACAUUGCGAAAUCGACGUGGACGAAUGUUUAUCACAACCGUGUCAAAAUGGUGCUAUCUGUAAAGAAUACGUAAACUCGUAUACCUGCCAAUGUCAACUCGGAUUUUCCGGUAUAAAUUGUCAAACCAAUGACGAGGAUUGUACCGACAGUAGUUGCAUGAAUGGUGGUAAAUGCAUAGACGGUAUCAACAAUUAUACUUGCGUUUGCAAACCUGGCUACACCGGUUCAAAUUGUCAGUAUCGUAUCAAUGAAUGCGACAGUUUGCCCUGCCUCAAUGGUGCUACUUGUCAUGAUCAUGUUCAAUAUUAUACUUGUCACUGUCCUUACGGUUAUACUGGAGCUAGAUGCGAUCAAUACGUCGACUGGUGUGCGGAUAAUCCUUGCGAAAAUGGAGCUACUUGUAUUCAGAAGAAAAACAAGUAUCAAUGUAAUUGUUCUCCUGGUUGGACCGGUAAAGUCUGCGAUGUCGAAAUGGUUUCUUGUAAAGAUGCGGCCAUAAGGAAGGGAGUACCCGAGAAGAAUCUUUGUAACAAUGGCACUUGCGAGGACAUAGGUAACAGCCACCGUUGUCAUUGUCUAGAAGGAUACACAGGCUCUUAUUGUCAAGAAGAAGUAAACGAGUGCGAUUCUGCUCCUUGUCAAAAUGGAGCUACUUGCAAGGAUCUUAUUGGAUCUUAUCAAUGCCAGUGUACCAAAGGUUUCCAAGGACAGAAUUGCGAGCUUAACGUGGAUGAUUGCAAACCUAAUCCUUGCCAGAAUGGCGGUACGUGUCACGAUCUUAUCAGCAACUUUAGCUGCUCUUGUCCUCCUGGAACCUUGGGUUUCAUAUGCGAGCUCAACGUAGAUGAUUGUACUGUCGGCGCUUGUCAUAAUAAUGGAACGUGUACCGAUAAGGUUGGCGGAUUCGAAUGCAAAUGUCCUCCAGGAUUCGUAGGACCUAAAUGCGAAGGCGACAUCAACGAGUGUUUGUCCAAUCCUUGUGCCUCGCCAGGAACUCAAGAUUGCGUGCAAUUGAUCAACAAUUAUCAUUGCAAUUGCAAACCUGGCUACAUGGGACGACACUGCGAGGUAAAAGUAAAUUUCUGUGACAGCUCACCGUGCCAGAAUGGAGGUGUUUGUACUGCAAAACAAGCUGGACACACUUGCCUUUGUCCUAACGAUUAUUAUGGAAACAACUGCGAAUUCGCUGGUUCUUAUUGCGAUAGAGAACCUUGCUUGAAUGGCGGUACUUGCAGAGUGGCUGAAACAGAAGUUGGAUAUAGAUGUUACUGCCCUCUUGGAACAACAGGAACGCAUUGUGAAAUAGAUGCCAGAGAUGAAUGUGCUAGUAAUCCAUGCCAACAAUCCAAUGCAGUUUGCAAAAAUCUUCUUGGCGAUUAUGCUUGUGAUUGCCCACCAAAAUGGACCGGUAAAAACUGCGAAAUUUAUGACCCUACUUACAGAGGAGGUAUUUUUGGUAGUUCCAACUCCAAUAUCCAAAAAACUAUGAAUGCGUACGAUCUUGAUUUAGAGUUAGAAAGAAAGAAGUGCAUUGAGAAUAGAUGCGAAGAAAAAUCUGGUAAUCAUCAUUGUGAUGAAGAAUGUAACAGAUAUGCUUGCAAUUUUGAUGGAAACGAUUGUUCAUUGGGCAUCAAUCCAUGGCGUAAUUGCACUGCUCCGAUUAAUUGUUGGGACGUUUUCAUGAACGAUAUCUGCGACGAGGUUUGCAAUAAUCCUCAGUGUCUAUUCGAUGGAAGAGAUUGUGAAGAAAAAUUGGCACCAUGCAACCCUAUUUAUGACGCCUAUUGUCGCAAACAUUACGCCGACGGAUUCUGCAAUUACGGUUGCGACAAUGAAGAAUGUAAUUGGGAUGGUCUCGAUUGUGAUACGAAACCACCAUCGUUGGCAGAAGGUGUGAUUUCAGUGGUAGUAAGGAUGGACAUGUUAACAUUCCGUUCCAACGUGGUCGCUUUCCUAAGAGACAUUGGUCACGAAUUAAGAACGACGUUAAGAGUAAAGCAAGAUGAACUUGGCAACGAUAUGAUAUAUCCAUGGAGAAGGGAACGAGAUCCAGGAUUACAGACUAGCAUUUUUGGUCGGCCGACCACGAUCUACACUCAAAGCGGUGUGAUAGCCUAUUUGGAGAUCGACAAUAGAAAAUGUACCGUCACUCAAGGAGCAGUAUGUUUCCCAUCAGCAAACGAGGCAGCGGAAUAUUUAGCAGCUACCGCAUCCAAACAUUCUUUGUCUCGAAACUUCCCCAUCGAGCAAGUUCGUGGUGUGGUUGGGCCUCAGGGUCCAGAGUAUCCGGACACUCCAACGAACUACAAAUACGUCUUCAUCGGUGUCGUUAUCGUGGUACUUGGAGGGAUGUUGGUCGGUGUUCUGGUCACAGCGCAAAGAAAACGAGCAGUGGGUGUCACCUGGUUCCCAGAAGGAUUCUUGCGCACGAGCAGCGGAAGUGGGCAGCGCCGAAGAUCGAGAAGACGAGGUCCGGAUGGCCAAGAAAUGAGGAACUUGAACAAGCAACCUUCGGUGAACUGCAUGGAUCUCGAUGUUGGAAAUGGAAGAGCUCAACAGUGGUCAGACGAUGAAUCAGAUUUACCACCUUCGAAAAGAAUGAGAGCUAUAGAGCCCGGAUACGCUAGCGAUCACACCGCCAUUACCGAUUACGAGGAAACGGAGCCUCGAAUGUGGACUCAACAACAUUUAGAUGCCGCAGAGAUUCGUAGGCCGGAUGCUGGAGUUUUAACACCGCCUAGUCUCGAGCAUGGCCAAGACGUGGACGCCAGAGGACCCUGUGGGAUGACGCCAUUGAUGGUAGCAGCUGUACGAGGUGGAGGAUUGGACACCGGAGAAGAGGAAGACGAAAGUGACGGCACAGCCGCUGUGAUCGCUGAUCUAGUUGCCCAGGGAGCAGACUUGAACGCCACCACGGAUAAGAGUGGCGAGACUUCGCUUCAUCUGGCUGCAAGGUAUGCCAGAGCUGACGCAGCUAAGAGGCUGCUGGACGCUGGAGCAGAUGCCAACUCUCAAGACAAUACUGGUCGAACUCCUCUUCACUCUGCCGUCGCUGCUGACGCGAUGGGAGUCUUCCAAAUACUCUUAAGGAACAGAGCUACGAAUCUGAACGCGCGCAUGCACGAUGGAACGACUCCACUGAUUUUGGCUGCUCGCCUGGCUACCGAGGGAAUGGUGGAAGAUCUAAUUAAUGCGGACGCUGAUAUCAACGCAGCCGACAACAGCGGUAAAACGGCCCUUCACUGGGCCGCCGCUGUUAACAAUGUCGAUGCCGUGAACAUACUUUUGGUUCAUGGCGCAAAUAGAGAUGCCCAGGAUGACAAGGACGAAACACCAUUGUUCCUCGCCGCCAGAGAAGGAAGUUUCGAAGCGUGUAAAGCGUUGCUCGAUACGUUCGCCAAUAGGGAGAUCACCGAUCACAUGGAUCGAUUACCGAGAGACGUUGCCAGUGAGAGAUUGCAUCAUGACAUCGUGAGAUUGUUGGACGAGCACGUGCCCAGAUCACCACAGAUGGUGAAUGUGAUACCAAAUGGUCCUCUUAUGGGAUCUCCAAAUCAUCCACAACUCAUCACACAUCCCACAGUGAUCGGUUCCGCUCCGAAACAAGCAAAGUCGAAGAAGCGGCCAAAAGCGGGAUCGACGGGGAAUCCAAACAGUCCCGAGUCAGAGGGCGGAGUAGUGGUGGUGAGGCGAAAACCUUCUGUAAAAAAGCCACCGGCGAAGCGCGGAGCCCAGCCCCCAAACCAGGAGAUUCCUCAGGGAGCGGAGGGCGCAGAGGGAAACUUGCCAAGCCCCUACGACAGCGCAAGCUUGUACAGCAACGCGAUUCCGUUGGUGGGCCACACGGCAACGGCGAAACAACCGCCACCGUAUGAGGAUUGCAUAAAGGGCCAAUCCAUGCAAGGCCUUCAACAAUUAGGCCUGGACACGUUCACAACAAAUUAUGGUUUGCCUAAUUUUCACGACCAAUUAUUAGCAUCUCAUCAACGACAAGCCCAAGGAAUGGUGAACACGUUGUCGCCGCCCUAUAGCAAUCAAUCACCGCCACACUCGGUGCAAUCGAACAUGACCCUGUCGCCACAGGCGAGCUAUAUGGGCUCGCCGUCUCCGGCGAAAAGUAGGCCGUCGUUGCCCACUUCACCCACCCACAUCGCCGCCAUGAGACAGGCGACGCACUCGAACAGCGACUGGUCCGAGUGUAUGGCGUCGCCAAACGCGUACGGUGCUGGAGCCGCCCACCAAAGCAACAAGGGCUCCGAAGCGAUCUAUAUAUGAAGGCGGAGGUGCUCUCUAGCUCGCGCGAGUAAGUCGUAAAUCGAGUAUGCACGUGAACUGUGAUUGGCUCGUCGAGUUCGAGGGCUAUCCUCGCCGAUAUUUUGUUACGAAUAUGGUAUCCCCAGUCGGAGAUCCACGCGACGAACGCUCUCUCGUAAGGUCGACAGUGUAACGAGAUUGUGGAUCGUUUUACGCCUUGGAGGCGUGAGCGAAUGCGUACACUACUAUUAUUACAGCUCUAUAUAUAUAUAAAUAUUUAUGAAUAUAAAUAUAGAUGAAUAAUUAUAUAUAUAUAUAUAUAUAUAUAUACAUAUGUAUGCAAAGGAAUAUUUUUGGAUCGAGAACAUAUACACACACCGUUUAUAUAGGUCGUUCAACGAUAUUGUGCCUUUUCUUGAAGAACUAUAAGGAUCGUUUUAGAAGCAACUAUGCGUGAUCGAGAUAUUAUGUAAUAAACGAUGUACUCUGCACACAGCUCGUGCAUCAUAGCUCAACGAACAAUGGUGCCUUCGACUUGCCACAGUGUGAAGACCCGAUAGACAGUUUUCUUCUUUUUUUAAAUAAUUAUAAGGAACGAUACCUUGCUAUCUACAAUAGUAUUGUACAUAUGGAAAACGGAGAAUCGUCCAUGCUGUCACGAGUGUGUUCGAUACAGGGACCAUUAUAUAGAGUGUAAUAUGUAAUAUUCUAUUUAAAUAUGUGUAACGCACAAUAUUUUCUAUGAAUCGAAAGAGGAAAGAUAUAUGCGGAUCGACGUAUGUCCAUAAGCUGCGAUAGUCUCAUGAGGCACCUGUAACAUGCGACACAUUGUUUAGAGAAGUAAAACUGAAAUCCAUAGAAGGAAGAGAUUGCUCCGCGUUGGACAGAAAGUCGUGAAUCGUGCCUUCGAAAUAACAGUAGGGUAUAAGGAAUUCUUGCGUAGAUAAAUCUAUUAAAUUAUGUAUCUUGAAACGCAUCGUUUCCAAAUGGCCUUUAACACCGAUUCUUAUUACCGACUAGUAGGCAUACUAUUAAAUGUAGGAUACAAAGGCAACGUAACUUUUUCACGGUCGACGGGAGCCUCAGAGAAAUCGUCUUCAACCCGUGAACGGGAUCGUUCCAUACGCAGACAUUCCAUUCGAACGAUGUUAUUUUUCUCUAUUAUUUCUUUUUUUUUUUAAAUACGUUAUACUUACUCUUCCUAUCGAUUUCACGAGGAUUAUCCGCGGAUCGCUAAGAUCUCUUUUUAUAAAAAUAAAAAAAAAAAAAAAAACUCAUUCAAAUCAAGAAGGAUCAGUCGAAUUCGCGGAUACAUCUUGUGUAUACGACGCUAUCUAUCGGAUCGUUUAUUGUACUAACGAGUUUCCUAGCGUAAUUAUUGUUUAAAAUAAAAUUAAGCUGAUAGACGGGCGGUAAGACGAUUCGCUGAUCUCUCAUCUGCCAAAGCCAAAACGAGAGAGUUUUCUUCUAGAAAAAGAAA